AUGGGAGAAAGCUUCUUGUCUCAAGUCCCCAUGUCGCAGCUCCACCGGCUUACACAGCUGUACUUUUCACAUUUCCACCCUUCCUGCCUCAUUCUUGAUGAGAACCACUUCUACUCGAGUGUCCUCAAUCAGGCCAUAAACAUCAACUUCGCAGAGAGCAUGGACACGUGUGUCGUCUUGCUGGUUUGUGCAUUGGGCGCUGUUGCUGCCCGGUUCCUGGGAUUCGAUGAGUGGGGGACGGAGAGCAAAGAGAAUACUGGAUUCACAUUCUUCUCUCUGGCCCAAGACAUGCUUCGUGACCUGGAAACAGCCGACUGGGCCAGUGUCCAGUGUUUAGUCCUUUCGGGGUUGUUCUACACCUCCAAACUUAGACCAUACGAUGCCUGGCGUUGUAUCCACCGUGCUUGCUGCUCGGUAUUAAUCUUAGUGCGAUUGCAAGAUCGUCUAGACGCCCACGAGGUGCAGCUCCUUUGGAUUACCUAUCUUCAAGAAAGUCAAUUGCUCGCUGAGUAUGAUUUUCCGUCGAGCGGGUUAGGCAAGGUUGCGGGCAGUUUCCUUUUGCCCAUUUCUCCAGACACUGCAACGGACCCUCGCCUUGCGCAAUAUCAGUUCUAUUUCCUGUCUUUGAUUACAGUGAGGAAACUCGGCAACAGAAUAUUAUAUUACAUGUAUAGGCGAGAUAAACAACAAAAUAACGAUUUCAGAAGCCCGAUAAACUCGCCGGCUUUUGACCGCCCUAGCAUGUUUCUCUCCGCCUCUCGAUCUAGAAUAGAGGAGUUAAACAGACAGCUAGAAGAGUGGAGAGAAGGCCUUCCCGAAUGUCUCGAGUUUCCGGCGUACUCCUCCUCUCAAGAUGUAUCCACAGGUCCCUUUGAACCUCGGCCGGCCGAGGAACGAUUACGUGGGCACCUGAUGGCACGCUACUACCAUAUCAAAUCCAUUCUGUAUCGACCGUUUAUAUAUCGAGCAUUGCAUUAUGACUAUACUUCUACAAUGCUUUCUGAGGAUGACCUAGAGGGUGCUCGAAUAGCAGUCCGCUCUAGUUUCCUAUCAACUUAUCACAGCGGACUUUUUCACGAGCCCUUGCCUCUAGUCCUGAGCCCCCUUAGUUCUUGGAGAAGUUUAUUUGAAUUGGAAGUACAAAUCGCAUUUUGCAAAAAGCAGGACAGGACCAACUUUGCUUUACCCAGGGAGUGGAGGAUGACCCGUCGGCUUCGGCAGAGGGUCGCGGCUGAUGCGUCUCACUCCUGUCCUACUGUGUGGCGGGACAGUGAAGUCCUCGGCCGCGUGUGA